UAACACACACACACACACACACACACACAGAGAGGUACCUGUUCAUGUCGGUUAUCGUGCUGCUGUUGGUAUCAGCUGUAACCACCAGCACAGAAGGAAGAAAGGCUGCUAUGUUGCUUGUUUACAACACCACUGGUUCUGUGCAAUACAUAUUUUCCUGAUCUUAAAUCAAUUCAAGCUAAGUGUGUGAAUGCAGGAUGCUGGACGAAGUGUCGGAGACAGUGAGCUGGGUUGCGCAGCGCGGUAAUAGCACGCUGCCUCUGCCUAUAAACAACACAUCAGUUCUGCCCACGUGGCCAUCUCAAGCCAACAUCAGCCAACCACACAGCUGCCUGCGGGUGCUUUACGAGGAUAUCGGCUCCUCCAGGGUGCGCUUUUGGGACCUGUUGCUCCUGGUGCCAAAUGUAGCCUUCCUCGUGUUUCUGAUGUGGAAGCUUCCAUCAGCUCGUGCCAAGAUCCGCCUUACCUCCAGCCCUAUCUUCAUCACGUUUUACAUUCUGGUGUUUGUAGUGGCAGUUGUCGGAAUCACUCGAGCUAUUGUCUCCAUGACUGUGAGUGCAUCCAGUGCAGCUAUCAUCAUUGACAAGGUGCUGUGGGAGAUCACACGCUUCUUCCUGUUGACCAUCGAGCUCAGCGUGGUCAUAUUAGGACUUGCUUUUGGUCAUUUGGAAAGCAAAUCGAGCAUCAAAAGGGUGUUGGCCAUAACUGCAGUGUUAGCACUGGCUUACUCUAUUACACAGGGAACACUGGAGAUUCUGUACCCAGAUCAGCAUCUCUCAGCCGAUGAUUUCAAUAUCUACGGUCACGGAGGACGACAUUUCUGGUUGGCCAGCUCCUGCUUCUUCUUCCUGGUUUAUUCCCUGAUCGUUAUUCUGCCCAAAACCCCCAUCAGAGAAAGAAUAUCAUUACCAUCUAAGAGGAGUUUUUACUUGUAUGCUGCCAUUCUGGCAGUGCUGAAUAUGGUGCAGGGUCUGGGUAGUGCUCUGCUCUGUGCUGAUAUCAUAGAAGGCCUGUGUUGUGUUGAUGUCACUACAUUCCUCUAUUUCUCCAUGUUUGCUCCUCUCAUCUACGUAACGUUCCUCAAAGGAUUAUUUGGAUCAGAGCCCAAGAUUUUGUUCUCCUACAAGUCUCAGAUAGAUGAGCCAGACGAGCCUGAUGUGCACCUGCCUCACACUUCCUCCGCCGGUCUGGGCAGCAGGAAGGACCUGGAGCACAGUUCCUACUCCAGCACACAGAUAGACACUUCAGGGGCUUAUCUGGAUGACGUAGUGUCUGGCCCCUUUGGAACUGGACACAGCAUCAACAGCAUUGACAGUGACCGAUGGAGAGCCAUCAAUGCCUAGAGGAGGGAACAGGAAGGACGGGAGAAUAAAAGAACUGGCCAAAUUUGACCAAUUAAUGACUGACUCUCACCCAGUGAACUGCAUUCCCUUUAACGCAAUGAAUAGGCUUUGGAUUUGAACUCAGCUUGCAUGACAGCUUAGUAUAUCACAAUUCGUCUUUCUUUUUUUUUUUCACUAGUGCUUUUUAAAUACUCCUGUAUAAUUUCAGUGCAUUACGAUGCCUGCGCAACACCUAGAGUAUAACUGAAGGAGUAGUCAGGAGCUCAGACGGCUUGGUAGGUAUUGAGCUCAGCUGAAUGACGAGCUGCAGAACAGGUAUUGCAAAAUACUGUGCACUGAGUUGUGAGUUUUUCUUUCUUUUUCUUUUCUUUUAAAUCAUGGAAAUAGACACAUUUAGCUAUAUCGUGCUAAUCUGUGCUUGGAUCCACUGUUUCCGUGCUCGCUUCUGUGUUCACUUCUAUUUUUAUUUAUUUUAGUGAUUAUGCUACUUAUAUUUUACCCUGAUCCAUUAUCAUUCCAUUUUUCCAUUUAAGAAACAAAUCAGAUAAGUAAUCAUUUCAGGGUUGGGUUUUUUUUUUUGGUCCAUCUUUGGUAUUUCUAUGGCUUUAACAACAAAAAAUAUA